CGUCGAGGGCGAGGCCCCCAGCAGCGAGACUGGCACGUCGCUGGACAGCCCCUCCGCCUACCGCCAGGGCCCCUCGGCGCCCGGCUCCGGCCUGGGCCCCGACCACUCCGAGCUCACGCCAGGGGGCGCCUAUGGGCUGUACGCGGGGCCGCCCGGCCAGCAGCGCACGCGGAGGCCCAAGCUGCAGCACUCGACCUCCAUCCUGCGCAAGCAGGCCGAGGAGGAGGCUAUCAAGCGCUCACGGUCCCUCUCCGAGAGCUAUGAGCUCUCCUCCGACCUGCAGGACAAGCAGGUGGAGAUGCUAGAACGGAAGUAUGGGGGCCGCCUCGUGACCCGCCAUGCGGCCCGCACCAUCCAGACAGCCUUCCGCCAGUACCAGAUGAACAAGAACUUCGAGCGGCUGCGCAGCUCCAUGUCCGAGAACCGCAUGUCGCGCCGCAUCGUGCUGUCCAACAUGAGGAUGCAGUUCUCCUUCGAGGGGCCCGAGAAGGUGCGCAGCUCCUACUUCGAGGGCAAGCAGGUCUCAGUGACCGACAAGGGUGCCCCGCUGGAGGCCCUGGUGCCGGCCGAGUGCGGAGACCUGGGCCCGCCGCCUGCCCUCCAGGCCCCUGCCCCGGCCGGCGACUUCGCGGAUGCCAUCACGGAGCUGGAGGACGCCUUCUCACGGCAGGUGAAGUCGCUGGCCGAGUCCAUUGACGACGCACUCAACUGCCGCAGCCUGCACGCCGAGGGGGCACCCGUGCCCGACGCGGGGCGGACCCGGGACGCCGAGCCCUCGCCGGCCCUGCACGGCGCCGAGCAUCGCCAGCUGGACGAGAUGACCGCCUCGUACAGCGACGUCACCCUGUACAUCGACGAGGAGGAGCUGUCGCCACCCCUGCCCCCGAGGCAGGCGGGCCGCCGGCCGUCCAGCGCCGAGUCGGACCUGCGGCUGCGGCCUGGGGGUGCUGCCCAGGACUACUGGGCCCUGGCCCACAAGGACGACAAGGGGGACACGGACACCAGCUGCCGGAGCACGCCCUCGCUGGAGCCGCAGGAGCCGCGGCUGCGCGGGGAGCACCUCCCGCUGCUCACCAUCGAGCCGCCCAGCGACAGCUCCGUGGACCUCAGCGACCGCUCGGACCGCAGCUCGCUGAAGAGGCAGAGCGCCUACGAGCGCGGCCUGGGCGGGCCGCAGGGCAGCCCCAAGCACGGCCCCCACGGGCCCCCCAGGGGCCUCCCCCGGGAGGAGCCGGAGCCGCGGGCCCGGGCGCCCAGGCCCCUGGACGGCCACCUGGCCAUCAAUGGCUCGGCCAACAGGCAGAGCAAGUCCGAGUCGGACUACUCGGAUGGGGACAACGACAGCCUGAACAGCACGUCCAACUCCAACGACACCAUCAACUGCAGCUCCGAGUCUUCGUCCCGCGACAGCCUGCGCGAGCAGACGCUCAGCAAGCAGACCUACCACAAGGAGACCCGCAACAGCUGGGACUCGCCCACCUUCAGCAACGACGUCAUCCGCCGGCGGCACUACCGCAUCGGCCUCAACCUCUUCAACAAGAAGCCCGAGAAGGGCGUCCAGUACCUCAUCGAGCGCGGCUUCGUGCCCGACACGCCGGUGGGGGUGGCCCACUUCCUGCUGCAGCGCAAGGGCCUGAGCCGGCAGAUGAUCGGGGAGUUCCUGGGCAACCGGCAGAAGCAGUUCAACCGCGACGUGCUCGACUGCGUGGUGGACGAGAUGGACUUCUCCGCCAUGGAGCUGGACGAGGCCCUCCGGAAGUUCCAGGCGCACAUCCGGGUCCAGGGGGAGGCCCAGAAGGUGGAGCGGCUGAUCGAGGCCUUCAGCCAGCGGUACUGCAUCUGCAACCCCGGGGUGGUGCGGCAGUUCCGGAACCCAGACACCAUCUUCAUCCUGGCCUUCGCCAUCAUCCUGCUCAACACCGACAUGUACAGCCCCAAUGUCAAGCCCGAGCGCAAGAUGAAGCUGGAGGACUUCGUCAAGAACCUCCGAGGCGUGGACGACGGGGAGGACAUCCCCCGGGAGAUGCUGAUUGGGAUCUACGAGCGGAUCCGCAAGCGGGAGCUGAAGACCAACGAGGACCACGUGUCGCAGGUGCAGAAGGUGGAGAAGCUCAUCGUGGGGAAGAAGCCGAUUGGAUCCCUGCACCACGGACUCGGCUGUGUGCUGUCGCUGCCGCACCGGCGCCUGGUCUGCUACUGCCGGCUCUUCGAGGUUCCAGACCCAAACAAGCCCCAGAAGCUGGGGCUGCACCAGCGAGAAAUCUUCCUGUUCAAUGACCUCCUGGUGGUCACCAAGAUCUUCCAGAAGAAGAAGAACUCGGUGACGUACAGCUUCCGACAGUCCUUCUCCCUGUACGGCAUGCAGGUCCUACUCUUCGAGAACCAGUAUUACCCCAACGGCAUCCGGCUCACAUCCGCCGUCCCCGGAGCAGACAUCAAAGUGCUAAUAAACUUUAACGCCCCCAAUCCUCAAGACCGGAAGAAAUUCACCGAUGACCUGCGGGAGUCCAUCGCGGAGGUGCAGGAGAUGGAAAAGCACAGGAUAGAGACGGAGCUCGAGAAGCAGAAGGGCGUCGUGCGGCCCAGCAUGUCCCAGUGCUCCAGCCUCAAGAAGGAGCCGGGCGGCGGGACCCUGAGCCGGGCCUGCCUGGACGACAGCUACGCCAGCGGCGAGGGCCUCAAGCGCAGCGCCCUCAGCAGCUCCCUGCGCGACCUCUCAGAAGCGGGGCCCAGCGGACCCCUCCCCACCAGGGCCUCGCCCACCCCACCGGCCUCAGGCAUCACCGCUUGACCAGCGCUGGGCCCCCGUACAGAGCCUGCUGAUGACCCCAUCCCUCCCUUCAGCUUACUCAUUUCCCAGAAAUGUUUUUCUUUUUUUUUUUUUGAGUUGGAUUUUUUUCUUUGUUUCUGUCUCGUCAUUUUUUUUUUUUUUCCAUAGUGAAAAUCCGAAUUGCAUGGCCAGCGUGAGAGUCAAGCAGGGCUUCUCAACCCCGGCUCUGUUGACGUCUUGUGCCAGAGCACUCCUGGCCUCUGCCCACCAGACGCCAGUAACACCCCCCAGUCAUGACAGCCAGUAAUGUCCCCCCAAAUUGCCAGGUGCCCUCUGGGGGAGAAGUACCACCCCUGGCUGGCAGAAUUGCUGUGGUUGAGAACCGCUGGUUUUCCCUGUGGCUUGUUACACCCAGCUAAUCAUAACCAGACUGCUCGGGGCCUCUGCAGGCUUGGGGGCCCAGGGCCCGUGUUUAAGUUUGUGCAGUGGGGCAGGUUCUGGCCUCUCUGGGUCCUGUCCAGCCCCCUCGGGUAGCAGUGGCCUCAGCGCAGCCGGCUACGGCCCCUCCAGCUCCCGGUGAUCAGGGCCUCAGCUCUCCACUCUCUGCUUGGGGGCCAGACAGAGCCGUGUGCCCGGGUGCAUGGCCAUGAGAAGGGCGGAGCUCCAAGGUCUGGCUGAUUUCUGUUUAUCGUUACCGUUGCCAUUUUUGUCUGGGGAUUCUGAGCCGAGAAGGACUCCAGGGAGCGAGUCCUCUCGGGUCCUAAACCACCGCGAAGAGAAGCCCCGGGAAAGCGCCCCCUGCACCGAAGGUGAGAGGGGCGGUAAGGUGGGUGUUUGAGUCCUGGUGACCGCCAAAGCCCCAGACUGGGACAGGCCCCCGGCGACCUCCAGAGGAAGACGGGCCGGCGCCAGCUGCCUGCCGGAAGACGCCGGAGACGUGCCCCUAUGUGCUGGACUAGGUCGGGGCGAAGCUCUCCCGCACCCGCCGUGCCCCGGCCGAGAUGGGCUUGUCGGGAAGAGGUGAGGCCUCUCCCCUCGGGAUAGUGACGCCCAGCAGCCGGCUUGUCAUCGUUCCCAGAGCAGCUGCCCCAGACCUGCGACCACACGUCCCUCCAGGAGGCAGCACCCGGGGAUGUGCCUUCGGCCCGGCGCGAACCCCGGGGACCUGGGAGGCAGUCGUGGUUUGACAGCCCAGGAGGAACCGGGCGGCAGACUUCCCAAGAGGCAGGGGGACGGGCCUGACCCCCAGCCCGGCUCCCCGCUGAGCUGCGAGGCCUCGUCCCGUGUCUCCGCGUGGUCUUCCUUCAGCUGGGCCCCCUGCUCGUUUCAGUGGCACCAGAGCCCUGCCAGCCUGAGAUCAAGGACCCACAGGGACCUCCGACACGGGUGUGACUGGGCCUUAGCUCCUGCCACAGAUCAGUCAAGUCACAGUGGACCCCGUCCACGGACCCCGAGGCCCUCAGCCCCUCGCCAGCCGAGCUGCCCAGCACCGGUCCCCACGGAGAGGACAUCUCCCGGGGCGCAGCUGGAAACCUGCCAUGUCCUGCACCUGUUGGGGAAGAGCUGGUGGCUCCUGGCGGCCAGUUUCCAGAGCAGCCCCUGCUGUCCCAUGAUGGGCACUCCGCACGUGUAGCGGCCAGUGGGCCAGCGGCUGCCUCUCCUGGGGUGGGGGCCACGCUCGGGGUGGCUUCCCAAGCAGAGCCCAUCAGAGGGCCGCACAGCACGCCGAUUCUGGGGUCUUUGGCUCCGGGCCCUGGUCGAGUUGCACCUCUGGGCUUGGGUUCCCCAGAUGCAGGUGGGCCUAGCGCUGCCCUCCAGGAUCUGUGAGAGUCAGUACCCACAGAGCACUGGGGGUGGGGCCUGGCCCGUGUGCUGGCUGUUGUCACCCUCAGCGUUGCUAGGGCCACGGCGCGAGACCUCGGGCAGAGCCCUGUCUGCCUGCUGUCCCAACGCCGAGAAGCCAGGAAGGCUGGGAAGAGCCUCGCCGGGCGCCCCGUCUGGAUGCGGCUCCCAAGCUGUCCGUGGCCGGGCUGGCAGGGCCUGCUCUGGCCCUCGAGAGGUGCCGGCUGGGGCAGGGCUCACCUGAGGCUUGUGCAGGAUCCGGAGAUGGUUGGGGGGGGGACCCCAAAACAGGGCAGGCAAGGAAGGAGUGGUGGGGAUACGUGAGUGGGAGCAGCUGUCCCGGCUCCUCCUUCGUCAGUAGGUGGUGUGCACGUGUGCAGACGCACACACGUCCGUCUGCCGUGGGCAGGUGUCCGCGGGUGUGCCCGGGACUGGAGUGCAGGACUCCUGCGGGGACAUCCCGUAUCUCCUGCUGACUUGAGAAGUUGAAAAGGUGAAGUCUGAGAAACUCAGAAUCGCUCCAAGACAUCCAAGUUAGAGCUCCCCUGAGUCUUGGCCCACGGUGGGCAGGAGAGGGGCUGUUCAGCUCCAGCGGGGGCAGCGUAUGAAGCCGCAGCCCCCAGCCCCGGGCCUGGCCCAGUCCUGUUGGGAGAAGCAGGCCAGCUGGAGGGUGCUGCUGGCCCGGCGGGGCCUCUGUCCUCCCUCUCUGUCCCUAGUCCUUAGAGGAGUGUCCCCAGCCUUAGAGGGGCUAGAGAGCAGAUUGAGACGCUCCAAGGACAGCAGAGGUCUGAGCAUAGCCAGCGCAGGGAGCGGGGGCCGUGCCUAGUGGACAGAUGUGGAAACUGAGGCAAAGAGUGGGCGGCGUGCCAGGUAGGGUCACCCCUCCAGCUGCAGGGCCCCCUCUGGAGGCUGGGCUCUAAUUCUGUUCCAUGUCCCUGGGCCACCUGUUGGGACAGAAGGCAGGAAGGAAAGGUCACCACUCUUCUCACACCGGCGGAAAGGUGAGGAAGGGAAAGGUCAUUUUCAGCUGGGAACGAGGGCCAGUCCCCGCCUGGUGGUCCAUGAUCUUCAGCAACCUCAUCCGCUGUGCGGCGCAGUUCCGAGCGGGCUCUGAGGCCAGGGUCCAGCACGGCCUUCGGUGGACCCCAGGCUCCCAGCUGGAACUCAGGUUUGGGGGUCAGCAGGCAAGGCAAGGGCACCGGAGCUCGCCUGAGCCUGCCGUUGUGAGCCCAGGCCCGCGCAGCUGCCACCAUGAGGCCCGAAGGGUCCAGACAUGCCCUCUCCACCCAGCGCGGGUCGGGGUGUGGGCCACAGGGUAGCACGAGGCAACGCCUUCCAUCCUCCAGGCUCCUGGGUCCGGCCCGGGUCCAGCUCAGAAGGCAGCGUGGCCAAGAUUUCCCGCCUCAGGGGGACGGGCGGACGCGGCGUGAACGUGCUCACUGGGGGGAUUGAGCCGGUCAGUCCGUCGGCCAGAGCUUCCGUCUCCUGCUGGUGGGGACAGAGAGACACCUGUCCCGCCCCAUGGGGCUUGCCAGGCCGGCACAGGUGGAAGCUGGAAGCCGUCUUGGAGCCCCUUCUCUGCCUCAGUCUCGGUGUCCUGCAGACAUGCCUGGAGAAGUCGCCCGGGGGACCGGGACCGGCGGGGGCCAGGGCGGUCGCUGGACAUCCAGAACCAAGAGGCAGACUCAGUCUCCUCUGGCACAGCCAACACAGGUUGCGUGCCUGCUACGUGCCACGUGCGGGGGACGCAGAGGCGUUGGCAGCGAGGGCUCACGCCUGGGGAACGUGUGUGGCGUCCCAGCGGGCCGUGCCCACAGAGGACUCCAGGCCCUGCGCUGGGAGGAAGUCCCAGCGUCCCUGUCCCUGGCCAGACACUGCACAAACCAAACACGGGCCCAGGGUGCGGCCCCCCUGCUCCACCGGGAGAAAGAGGACGUGGAGUUUAGUCUCCUCACCGUCAGGCCCCCCAGCAGCCGGGGAGGCAGACGUGUGUGCGUGUGCGUGCGCCAUACAUACGUAUGUGAAAUCCACCGCAGGUCAGGCCGGGCAGGACCACGCUUGGCUCGUCCUAGCUGUGGGAGGAGCUGCCCUUGCCCAUCCCCGCUGGCAGGCAGCUGAGGCCCCCUGGAGCUCGGGGGCAGCCGGGCCUGUGCGCCCACCCCAGCCCCCCGGAGGCUCCUCCCCCCAGGCUCCCGGUCCAGGAGAGGGGGUUAAAGUUGGGCUGGUUGAAAAAGAUUUUUUUUUUUUUUUUUUUUUUUUGCUUUUUAAGAACCCCGUUGUCUUGUUAACUCAUUACUGCCCUGCCACCGGCUCCCCCGGGCCAUCCGGCGGCAGCGCCCGGCCCCGUGUCGCGUCUAACCUGUGGUAUUGCAUGUUC